AUGCUCUCCAGUAUAAACAUCAUCCCCAACUUCAACUUGUCAGACAUAUCGUUGCAUUCACUAAAUGCGUCUCAUAACUGUGUCAGAGUUGCUAUCGCCCAGCAUCUGGGCACGCUGAGCCAGGUCGUCUGGGGCCCUCUGGAUUUAGAUAGUGACGUCAUUGUCGUCUGCUUUAUCGUAUUCCAUAGUCGAAAGUCAUUAUGUAAUUGGGUUCGUAUGGUUGGGAAGGAACUAGGUUUGGUUAUUGUUAUAAUACAUUCCGAGCAUGAUGGUUAUGGACGCAAGCCACGUAUAAGCUAUGGAUAUUGUGAACCAAAACGAAAGAGGUCUAUUGGAACACAUAAGUGUGAAUGCCUGUUUGAUCUAAAUGGUGUGAAGUUGCUGACUGAGGACGAUUGGAUGUUAAAGGUAUCGUGUAGACUACAUAAUCAUCCACCGACACAACAUUCAGAAAGACGUCCUUGCGUACAAAGAUUAACUAAUGAAGAGGAGCAGAUUUUGAUCUAUAUAUCAAAAAGUAUGGUAAAACCUAGGAACAUAUUGAUGGCUUUGAAAGAACGGGAUCCAAAUAAUGUUAGCACAAUGAGGACUAUUUGCAAUGCAUGUGCAAGACAUAGAUUGAUUGAGAAGGAAGGAAAAACACAAAUGCAAUAA